AUGAACUUCGAUUCAGGCACUGCCUACGCGGAGUCGGAUGCCGACGACGAGUACGAGCGCAGCCUGGGUCCCAACUCGCCAGUCACUAAUAGUGAGGCAUCACCAAUCGAUUCCGAACUGCCCUCGUCCAGCGAACACACCCCUACUACCUACGGCCACCGCAGCAGCGCCGACCGCUUGCCCGAGACCAUCAUCUCCGAGUGGACUGCCGAUGAGUGCGCCGACUUCAUCAGCACAAUUGGCUUGCCGCAAUAUGCCGACCGCUUCGUUGAGAAUGAAAUCGUCGGCGAGGCUUUGGUCGCCCUGCAACAUGACGACCUCAAAUCUAUGGGCAUUGCCAGUGUCGGCCAUCGCCUUACCAUACUAAAGAGCGUCUAUGAUGUAAAAAAGGCACAGGACAUUCCAAUAGAAAGCGAUCAUUAUGUGCCGCUGUCUGCCGACGCCGAAGCACAAUACGCGACAGCAACACUAAAAGACAUCAAGCAUUUGGUCGAGCAGCUCCGCCUGCGAGACGAGCGGAUGAGCCUCGUGGAGCAGGACUUGCGUCGACUGACAGAUGAUUUCAGACGCUUGCGGGAGGACAUGCUGCCUGCAUUACGGCUAGCAAAGGACUCCUCCCAGCCACUACCCAAUGUGUCAAGCAACAACCAAAGUUACGGAUACGAAACCGUUUCGCCCCCCGCCCCAACACCCUCCUCCACUCAAUCGAUGAGCCUGAAAAGACAAUACUCUACAAAGAAGAUUAUGCUUGGAACGACGCCGAAGAACACGUCACCGUCACAUCUUCAGACAACCCACGAGAGAAUGGAACAGUCGUUGGACCCGUCGAAUGCGGCCGAAAGAGCUGUUCUAUCAUCCUCACACCUGGCUGCCAUGAACGGCUCUGCUACUGCCACCUCACCCGGUUAUCCCUCUCCGAACAUGCCUUCCCCAACAUCUCCUCCAACCCUCGGCGGCGCAACACUCGGGUCGCGAUCCUAUCGAUCCGAUAUACCAACUCCGUCAACAAGAUCAACCUUUGCCGAAAACGACCACGGGUACAAAGGCCGAGAGCAGCCAGUGGCACCGCGGCGGGGUCCGACGCCUGCCCCCGACACUCCCAGUACAAGCAACGCGUCCGUCGAAAUCUUCAAGUCCUUCCGAGUUAGCAUGGACGAUCCAUGCUACAAAGUGCUCCCUGCCGCGCUUAAGAAAUACCAAAUCAACGCGCCUUGGGAUCAAUACGCCCUUUACAUCGUCUAUGGAGAUCAGGAGCGCUGCCUAGGAUUGGACGAAAAGCCACUUAUCCUCUUCAAGCAGCUCGAUAAAGAGGGCAAGAAGCCAAUGUUCAUGUUACGAAAGACGAACAACGCGCAAGUCGAUUUAUCGUCAGAACAACCGGGUAGCGCAGGGCUUACGGCCAGAGGCGCAGCAACGGGCUAUGAUCCACCGGGCGGUAUCAUAUAG